AUGUUGCCUUACGUAGACCAGUUAUUUGAGCUGCCAGCUCGGCUUACUGGCGCAUCAGUUGAUGAGCUCAAAUUGAUCGGCUCAUUCCUCUUAUCCUACCCGCUAGCUGCCCUACUUAAACGCAUCCCCGACGCGCAGCCCUGGAAAAAGAAUGCAUUCAUCAUUGGCGUGUCAUUGUUCUACCUCGUCGGACUUUUCGACCUCUGGGAUGGCCUGCGUACCCUGUUAUACAGUGCUGCGGGCACUUACGCGAUCGCAUACUAUGUGGAUGGAUCUCUGAUGCCCUGGAUCGGAUUCCUGUUCCUCAUGGGUCACAUGUCGAUGAACCAUAUUGUCCGUCAGGUGGCCGACGAUGGUGCGUCGGUGGACAUCACUGGAGCGCAAAUGGUCAUGGUUAUGAAGCUUACUUCCUUCUGCUGGAACGUGCAUGAUGGUCGUCUAGCUCAAGAUCAGCUGUCGGACUCACAGAAAUACUCGGCCAUCACCAAAUUCCCCGCCAUCGUGGACUACCUUGGUUAUGUCAUGUUUUUCCCCUCCCUGUUUGCCGGGCCGUCCUUUGAAUUUGUCGACUACCGUCGCUGGAUCGACACCACACUUUUCGAUGUGCCUCCCGGCACUGACCCGUCAAAGGUGCCUCCAACCCGGAAGAAGCGCAAGAUCCCUCGCAGUGGAACCCCCGCUGCUAAGAAAGCCGCUGAAGGCCUGAUCUGGAUUUUGGCCUUCAUCCAGCUAGGCUCGUACUUCAGCACCGAUUUCCUGCUUUCAGACGCGUUCCUGCAGUACCCCUUCCUGCGCCGCGUUUUUACAGUCCACAUGGUAGGCUUCACCGCGCGCACCAAGUACUACGGUGUCUGGGCUUUGACUGAAGGCGCCUGUAUCUUGUCUGGUAUGGGAUACAACAACUUUGACCCCAAGUCGGGUAAGGUCUUCUGGAACCGACUGGAAAACGUCAAUCCCUGGAGUCUGGAGACUGCGCAGAAUUCCCACGCCUAUUUGGGUAGCUGGAACAAAAACACCAACCACUGGCUGCGCAACUAUGUCUACCUGCGUGUUACACCAAAGGGCAAGAAGCCCGGUUUCCGCGCUAGCAUGGCUACCUUCGCUACCAGUGCGCUUUGGCACGGUUUCUACCCAGGAUAUUACAUGACCUUUGUCCUGGGCUCCUUCAUUCAGACUGUUGCCAAGAACUUCCGCCGCUACGUGCGCCCCUUCUUCUUGACUCCAGAUGGCACAAAACCUAUGCCAAACAAGCGCUACUACGACAUCUUCAGCUGGCUCGCAACCCAGCUGACUCUAUCCUACGCCGUGAUGCCCUUCGUCCUUCUCAGGUUCGACGAGUCCGUCACAGUCUGGAGCCGUGUCUACUACUACGGUAUCAUCAACUGUGCCGUCUCACUAAUUGCUUUCGCCUCCUUCUCGCCUCUGAAGAGUUACCUCGUUUCCACUCUGAAGCGCCGCAACAGGCCCCACGUCGGCCGCACCGCUAGUAUGGAGUCUGUGCGCCCUCCUGUCCUUGGUCUGCCAAAUGAUCCCGAGCGCGACUUCGAUGAGGUUGUUGCGGAGAUCAGGGCCGAGAUUGAGUUCCGUGGACGUCGUGGUAGUACGGCUACUAUGCCUACUGGUGAGGAAUUGAAAGCUGCUGUGGAGCAGAAGAUUGGGCGGAAGUUGUAG